ACCCCUAUUCGCCGCGGCGGUAUGUUAACCUAGUUGAGAGCGUCCCGCUAUCUGUUCCAACAGGUUUUAUAUUCGGCGCUGGGCUCGUACGAAUAGGAGCGCCGCCUUUGACACAUGUUAGAUCCCGUUGCCGAAAGAAAAAUUAAUCACAUGUGUGUCGUCCUUGUUGCGACCAUCGGUAUUCCUAAACGCGGUGGAGAAUUCCGAUGGCCGUGAUGGACGGACGAGGGAUCAGCAACCCCAUCAUAGCUGGCCAGGCGGCCCUUCGCCCAAGAGUGCUAACGCAGCAAAACAUCGACACCAUCGUGAUAUUCGAGAGGCUCGGCGCCGCCCUGUCUGCCUCGGGGAUCCUCCUCAUCUUCGUCGCGUACGCGGCCUUCAAACGGCUCCGCACCGUACCGAACACCUUCAUCGUCUUCGCUUCGGUCGCGAACCUGGGAGCCAGUAUCGCCUGCCUGAUAGGGUACUCGGGAGUGGUUGCCGGAUCAACUAGUCCCCUGUGCCAGGCCCAGGCCUUCCUGUUUGAGCUGUUUAUGCAGUCAGAUCCGUGGUGGUCCUUGGCUAUGGCCGUCAAUGUGUACAUGGUUUUCUUCUUCUCCGCGAAUCCUAAGAGCUUCCUGCGCUACUGGUGGGUAUACUGCUGUGUCUGCUACGGGAUCCCUUUCAUUCCCGCGUUAUGGCUACUUUUUGUUCAGACCAGCGACGGAAAUCAUAUAUAUGGUAACGCCACUAUAUGGUGCUGGAUCGGCGAGGACUCGUCCAACCUGCGCAUCUACACGUACUACCUUCCCAUCUGGGUCUGCAUCAUCCUUUCGAGUUGCAUCUACGUCGCCGUCGGCUAUCACGUCUUCAAGCAGCGUAACCAGCUGCGCAACCUAUCCCUGAGCAACCCGACGCACGAUCCGCCGCCAGCCCGCGACUCAGGGGAUAAGGAUCUCUUCACCAACGCAGCCGUCAUGGGUAGAAUCAACCGGGAGGUAGUCCAGGUGACGACGGUGAACUCGUCAACGACCGCGUACGCGGGCGAGGGGAGCGUCAGCGGGUCGUGCUCCUCGUCCUCGUCCUCGUCGUCCUCGACGGGGGCGCCGGGAGCAGCGCCCGCGAGCUGGUUCGACGGGCCGGCGAGCGACAAGGAGCGGCGGGCGCGCUGCGCGUCGGCCUCGUCGCGGUGCCGCUGCGGCGGCGACGGCGCGGGGUCGCCGGCCCCGGCCCCGCCGUGCCCCUACUACCGCUACCAGACGACGGUGACGCGCAUCACGGCGGACCCGGCGCCGCGGCGGCCGGGGGCCUGGGCCCGCGGGCGCGCGGCGUGCCGGCGGCUGCGCGCGCGCCUGCACCACGUCGACCCCGUCAAGCUGGCGUACCUGCGCACGUCGUUCGUCUUCGCCAUCAGCGUGUUCGUCACCUGGACGCCGAGCAGCGUGAACCGGGUGCACGACCUGGCGUCGGCGGCGAGCGGCGGAGGAGGAGGAGAACCAGGCGGGAGCGGCGGCGCCAACUUCGCGCUCAACCUCGCCAGCGCCGUCGUGCUCCCGCUCCAGGGCGUCUGGAACGCCGUCAUCUUCUUCUCGACGGGCUGGGCCGCGCUGCGCCAGGAGGCCCGCGCCCGCGCCGACGAGUGCCGCGGCAUCCCCCGCGGCCAGCGCGCCGCCGCCGCCGCCCGCCGCGAGCGCGAGCUCGAGCUCGAGAUCGAGAGGCGCCGCGCCGCCGCCGCCGACGACGCCCGUGCUGCCGACGAAGCCGCCGCCGAGCCCGCCUGCCCGGGCGCCCCGCCCCGCGACGACGCCGCCAGCGAGCCCGGCGCCUCCUCCAGCACGGCCCGCGGCACGGUGAGAGUCCUGCGCGGCGGAUCGCUAAGUAGCCUGUGACGCUCGUGACGGUGACGCUCGUGACGAACUAUUCAGGAUCUGGCGUGGCCAGGGGGGCGCGCUCUCGUGUGUCAAUGAAGGGUGAGCUCUAGCGGUGUACACAUUAGGCGGGUUACGUACCUAGGCGUGCGAGGUGUUUCCAUUGUCUUUCGCUGUUCGAUACGGGACGGUUUAAGCAAUUAUUAUCACCAUAGCAAAGGCGGCAGGCAAUAUCUAGGGGCUACACUAUGCCACUAAGAGGCUGCUGGUGAUAUGUCUACUCGCCAGCGGCGCUGAUGACAGUUCUAUAAGAGUUGGCCUGCCGCUUAGUAUCACACGCACGCCUCGGUAAAGGUUCUAAUAGUACUUAGAACACCCACCGAGCGCGAAUAGCAUCGUUAAACGCUACGAGUUGAUGUGGUGUUCUACGCCAAUAGCCUCAAGAAGCGGCACGUUCUUAAGAAAAUCAGCAGCAUACGGAAAGACAGUCCAAAAGAAGGAAAUCAUUACCUACGAAAAGGAGUUACCAGCAUGAGCAUCUUGGCAAAGAGGCGAAAAAGAAGACUACCUAUCUUUUUAAUUUGAAUAAUACCCCCUCCUGAAUAAC